AGCCAAUAAGACGUGGAGCAGGAAUCAGUUGGAGGUUUGGAGUCGUCUCUGUUUGGGUGACGAGUUGUAAACGGCGGGACAGGGAAGGACGCCAGUGAGCAUGCUCCGUUCGGACUGACAUUGGAUGCCAGCUUACUUUAGCUCUCACACACAAGCAGGCAGCUGCAGGGGCACCUAACUCACCACAGGGGACAAAAAGAUCAGCGUCGGGAUAAAAACCAGGAAUCUACUCCUGACUUUUCCUUCUUUCUCUCAAACCAGGAUUGUUUCACUCUGUUGUUUUGUGUUAUUUUUUGGAAGAUAAAAAUCUGUGGAAUAGUUCCUGAGGAGAAGACGGUGGAAGUUGGACAUGGAUAAUUGCCAUAAUGAGUUGUCUAUUGAAAGUUUUUAAAUAUGUGACUUUGUAUCAAAGUCCUUUUCCCAUUUAGCUCCACUCAUCAGCUGCUGUUUCCAGAAACGAUCCAAUCAACAUACAAGACCUUUGUAACUUUUUACUUUGAUUUUCUUCUCCCUCCCCUGGUGUUUUUUUGUAUUUCUCUGGCUGCUACGGAUCCCGUUUCCGUUGCAUGGACACCGUCUUUGUUUUACUCCAACAUUCCCUGGACCGUCGCAAGCUUCCUAUACUUGGGGAGUGGGAGUAAGAAAUAUGAGCCUGUGUUUGGGGCAGCAGCGGCAGUGUGUAAUGGUUUCUGUGAAAAAGGCCCGAGUACUGUGGCACAGGGGGGCUGCAUGAAUGUCUGUGGUGAAAUCCAAUCCAAGCGUCGCUCUGCAUUCUCCACCCUGGAAUUCCUUCUUUAGACUCUUCCCAUGCGUAGCCGUGAGGAACGUCCACUCCGCUAAAGAGGUCCCCACAUUUCAAGAUCAGAAGAAAGCCGCCUUUGGAAAUCUUAUGGACGAAGAAAUGAGUCGCCAGACCGCCACCGCGCUGCCCACAGGAACCUCCAAGUGCCCGCCGUCUCAGCGCGUGCCCACCCUGUCAGGCACCACCGCCUCCAACAGCGACCUGGCCAGCCUGUUCGAGUGUCCCGUCUGCUUCGACUAUGUGCUGCCCCCCAUCCUGCAGUGUCAGUCCGGACACCUGGUGUGUUCCAACUGCCGGCCCAAGCUCACCUGCUGUCCCACCUGCAGGGGCCCGCUGGGCUCCAUCAGGAACCUGGCCAUGGAGAAGGUGGCCAACUCCGUCCUGUUCCCCUGCAAGUACGCGUCGUCGGGCUGCGAGGUCACGCUGCCGCACACCGACAAGACGGAGCACGAGGAGCUGUGCGAGUUCCGACCGUACUCCUGCCCCUGUCCCGGCGCCUCCUGCAAGUGGCAGGGGUCGCUGGACGCCGUCAUGCCGCACCUGAUGCAUCAGCACAAGUCCAUCACCACGCUGCAGGGCGAGGACAUCGUGUUUCUGGCGACGGACAUCAACCUCCCGGGCGCGGUGGACUGGGUCAUGAUGCAGUCCUGCUUUGGCUUCCACUUCAUGCUGGUCCUGGAGAAGCAGGAGAAGUACGACGGCCACCAGCAGUUCUUCGCUAUCGUGCAGCUCAUCGGGACGCGCAAGCAGGCCGAGAACUUCGCCUACCGGCUGGAGCUGAACGGCCACCGGCGCCGGCUCACCUGGGAGGCCACGCCCCGCUCCAUCCACGAGGGCAUCGCCACCGCCAUCAUGAACAGCGACUGCCUGGUGUUCGACACGUCGAUCGCGCAGCUGUUCGCCGAGAACGGAAACCUGGGCAUCAACGUCACCAUCUCCAUGUGCUGAGAACGUUACGCAGGCGAGCGUCGGAGUGCAAGUUUGCCGGGGGGGGGCAACGGGGGCCCGAUCAGUCAGGAGCCCAGGCCCCUCCCUCUCUC